AUGGGUCGCGGAAGGAAGAGACAUUUUAGCUGGAAAUCACACGCGGAGAUCGAAAAGGUUCAUGAGAAACUGCAGAAAUACUACGACAACCUUCUCCAACUCCCCGAUGAAGAGAAGGCGCAGUUUUGGGAUGCCCUGCGGAGGGAGCUUCCUAAUAGCUUUCGGUUCGCGGGAUCGAAGAGUCACGCCAUAGCCGUCAGGAAUCUGCUGAAGGAGAGGUACAUGCCCGAAAUCGUCAAGAUCGAACACGCCGACGGCCGGAAAGUCGAGCCUCCUCAGCCCGUACCCUGGUACCCCAACGACCUUGCCUGGGACAUGACCACCCCGAAAAACGUCGUGCGCAAGUUUGCGCCCUUCGCCGCCUUCCAGAAGUUCCUCGUUUCCGAGACGAGCAUUGGCAACAUCUCGAGGCAGGAGGUUGUCAGUAUGAUCCCGCCCCUGGUCAUGGACGUUCGCCCGGGCAUGACCGUCCUGGACAUGUGCGCGAGCCCCGGAAGCAAGGCCACUCAGCUUCUCGAGAUGAUCCACCAGGGCGAGGAGGCUCGUAUCAGGAAAUUCCUGCGCGCUUUCGCCAAGGAGGACGGCCUCGACCUCGGUGUGCAGACCGAAGAGGAGCUUGAGAUAGAUGAGGACGUCGACUCCGCCGACGACGGCCGUGCUACGGGUCUACUGAUUGCGAAUGAUGCCGACUACAAGAGGUGUCACAUGCUCGUUCACCAGCUCAAGCGGCUGUCCUCCCCCAACAUGAUUGUGACCAAUCACGAUGCGACCAUGUAUCCUUCGAUCAGGCUUCCUUCAGAGCCCGGGAAACCGGACAGGCCAAGGUACAUCAAGUUCGACCGCAUCCUCGCAGACGUGCCUUGCUCCGGAGACGGAACUCUGCGCAAGAACAUCAACCUCUGGAAUGACUGGAACCCCAAUAGCGCCUUGGGCCUACACACCACGCAGAUCCGAAUCCUUGUCCGCGCUCUGUCUAUGCUCAAACCGGGAGGCCGUGUUGUCUACUCGACCUGCAGCAUGAACCCUGUUGAGAACGAAGCCAUCGUGGCCGCCGCCAUUGCCAAGUGCGGAGGGCCGGAGAAGGUCGAAAUCGUGGACUGUAGUAAUGAACUCCCUGGUUUGAAACGGAGACCGGGACUCAAGUCAUGGAAUGUCAUGGACAGAUCCAGCCGGAUCUGGAAUUCGAUGCAGGAAGUCAACGAGUUCCUCCAGUCCGGAGAGCGCACGAAUAUGCCGGGCAAACUAUUGGAGACCAUGUUCCCUCCGCCCGAGGGUAGCGCUGGUGCCGAUUUGCCCCUCGAACGGUGCAUGCGGGUCUACGCUCACCUGCAGAACACUGGCGGCUUCUUCAUCACUGUCUUGCACAAAAAGGAAGAAGUCAAGAUUCGUCCUGACGAACCCAAGUCCGCUAGUACCGCCCAACCGGAUGGAAGCAGGGACUCCCCGGCGACGGACAAGCCCAGCGACGUAGCCGAGACGCCCGACACCGCCGCGCAAGCGCCAGCGGCCGCCUCCGAGUCAGAAACCGGCGCCGGUGAACCAAGGGUGGAUGAAAAUGGAGAUGGAGAACAGGAACCGACGCCACCGCACGGAUCGAAACGACCAAGGAGCGAAGAGCCCGCCCAGCUCGAAUCGCAAGAGCCGAAGAAACCCAGGUUGGAAAACGGAUCGGAACAGAGCGAGGCAAAGCCUCAGCCGCAAGCGAGACCCGGCCGGAAUCAGCACGGCCAAUUCGAAGAGCCGUUCAAGUACCUGAGUCCGGACCACGAGGUGUUGCAAAACAUCAAAAGCUUCUACUCCCUCUCCGCUCGGUUCCCCCAGGACCGCUUCAUGGUCCGGAAUGCGGCCGGCGACCCCACCAAGGCCAUUUACUACACGUCGCAGCUGGUGAAGGACGUCUUGGUAGAGAACGAAGGCCGCGGCGUGAAGGUCGUCCACGGCGGGGUCAAGAUGUUCAUGAAGCAGGACGCCCCCUCGGCGGACGUCUGCCGGUGGCGGAUCCAGUCCGAGGGCAUGCCCAUCAUCGAAGGGUACGUGGGCGAGAACCGCGUCGUGCGGCUCCGCAAGAGGGAGACGCUCCGGAAGCUCCUCAUCGAAAUGUUCCCCAAGAUCGCGGACGGCGCGUGGGAGCAGCUGGGGGAGAUCGGAGAACGGGUGCGCGACAUCGGCAUGGGCUGCCUCGUGCUCCGGUUAGAGCCCGACGGCACCGAGGAGAGCUUCAUGGAGCGUAUGGCGCUCCCGCUCUGGAAGAGCGUCCAUUCGCUCAACCUCAUGCUGCCGAAGGAGGAGCGCGCCGCGAUGCUGCUCCGCAUCUUCAACGACACCACGCCCCUGAUCAACCGGGCACUCCAGAAGGAGAAACAGGCCAAGAUUGACCAGCAUGAGAAGGAGAGACGAGCUGGGGAGAACGGAGAGAAGGCCGCGUCAAAUGACGCGCAGCAGGAGAAUGGCGGAACCACGGCUGCCGAGGAUCCCGCGAUGCUUGAUGAUGUCGAGGAUGCGCCGACCCCUGAAGGGAUGGUCAGUGAUUAG